GGCCGCCGCGGCUCCCGUGCGACUGGAGAAACGCAGGGCAGCGCGCUCGUUGGCCAUCUCCCCGGGGCGGCCCGGCCCACCAACAACCUUCCCGGAGGCCGGACGGAGCGCGAGGGAAACAGAGGGGGAGGUGUCUUCUGAGUGACCUCCUGCCCGCCGAGACCUGCGGCUCCACUGCCCCCUCCUGCGACAGUUUAGAUCAAAAUGGGAUUCAUCUUUUCAAAAUCUAUGAAUGAAAACCUGAAGAGUCAACAAGAGUUCAUGCUCAUGAACUCUCGACUUCAGCUGGAAAGACAGCUACUGAUGCAGAGUCAAAUGCGAGAGAGACAGAUGGCGAUGCAGAUUGCUUGGACAAGGGAAUUCCUCAAAUAUUUUGGAGUAUUUUUUGGACUUACUGCCGUAGGUCUAACUGCUGGAGCAAUAAAAAACAAGAAACCAGGAUUGUUCCUUCCAAUGGUUCCCUUAAGCUUUGUACUUGCCUACCAAUAUGAUAUGGGCUAUGGAACACUUUUGCAAAGGAUGAAGGGUGAAGCAGAGAACAUACUUGACACAGAGAACACCUUGCUAGAAAUGCCAAAAGGAGCCCUCACUUUUGAAAGCCUUGAAAAAGCCAGAAGAGCUCAAAGCAAGUUCUUUAUAGAAAAAUAAGAAGACUGUAACCACUCAGUACUUCAAAACACAAAAUUAAUUGUUUGUAAUCAUGUUGCUGACUUAAAAUAUGUCAGAUUAUUUGUUUUGAGAAUGCAAUAUUUUUAAAAUAAAAUAAAUUUCAUUUAAAA